AAGGAUGGAUAGGUCGAUACAUACCAUUGGCUGGUUUAGAUUAAUUGGCCAAUCAGGGAGCUCGUUUUAGAGCACACUAGAUCGAUCUCAGCUGCGUUGUCACUAUGGAGAUCUCACUAGCCGCCAGGUAGCGCUGCACAUGUCAUGUGACUAGCGAUCAUUCAAAAUGGCCGAUGAUACCGAGUCGCACAUCGAAUAAUGGAACCUAAAAUUAACUUCAUUUUCAUUAUUGUUCACCUUGUUUGGAACAUUUGUUUGGCAAAUUCGUCAAAUAAGACAUUGAUAGAAGUGUGCUCACACCUUUGCCCAGGGCCUCUGAGAAACAGUAGUGUGGUAAAGCAGAAUUGUGAACAUAAUGUCAUCUUGGAUCGGUGUUGUUUAAACAGUUCAGUCUCGCCUUUUCAUGAUGAAGGUGUUCUUGGGAUUGACCUGAGUGGAUGUCAUCUUCAUCACCUGAACAGCUCUCUUCAACACUUCACACAUGUCAGUACAGUAGUUUUAGAUGACAAUCCCUUAGAGCAAAAGGAUGUUAAUGAUAGCCAGUUUUAUGGCUUAUCCAUGAUGGAUUAUUUAAGUUUGCCCUCUACAUUAAAUUGCCCGGGUGGUAACGAGUCCUGGGAGAUGUCGAAGUAUUUGCCUCAGAAAACUGUGUGCCAGGGACAACUGGACCUGUGUACUGUAGAUAACUUCACCUGUCCACACCAUUCCCAUUGUCUUCCUCGUGGCCCUGGGCUCAAGGAUUGUCUUUGUGAUGGUGGUUUCUAUGGUUACAAGUGCUUAAGAUCUGGACAUUUUCCCACAGAGUGGUACCUGAUAGGUCUCUGUAGCAGCACUGUGGCUGUCUCUGCACUACUCUGGUGCACACAACGACGACACGUCAUCCAGCAAGAAGCAGAGAUGAUGACCCAGAUGAAUCUCCAGGAAAUUCAGGAUCACCAUGUCUUGACUUUAAUGUUCAUGCUGAUCUUUCACCAAGUACGACCAAAAAUUGUCAAUGUUGCCUUAUCGUUUAUUGUUGCUUUUAUCAUUUAUGGUUUGCACUGACCUUAAUACAACAACUUCUCAGUGUGGUGGUCUUGCAAAUUAUGGCUGCGACAGGCUGUUGACUUGACCUUUAAGGUGACAAGUAAUGCUGCUUAGGACCCAGAGCAACCAAAACUUGAUAAGAUCAAAAGGUUUUAAAUAGAUGAUAAGAAAGACUAGUAAUACACCUACACGUAGGUCAGGGUACAAUGGGACAUCAUUCUGUUGUUUAGCUAAAAACCUCAUUGCUUUGCUGAGGGUACAUAUAAUCAGGUGGAACAUAAAGACAAAAGAUGACACCUGAGGCAUACACCUGUUGAAUAUACAUAGUAGUGAUCUAUUUUUUCCAUCAAGGAACACUUUUGUACCGACCCAUUUGGUGAUGUAUUCGUAUACAACAGUGCACUAUUUCACCUCUCGAUUACCAAUAUAUAUAUAUAUA